AUGUCCAAAACCCUCUUUGACAUUGUCUCCGACUUCCCGUACCAUGAGGAGGAACCAGUACGCUUCGCCGAAACUCUCAAAUCCUACCACGCGUUCAAAGUACAAGGCAUCGAUGCAACUCUUGGAUACAUCCCAAACACCCUUGUACAGAGCAUCACCUGGCCAAAAGACCAUUGGAUGAUCGACUCCGCAGCAAUUUCCCUUAUCAACCCCCCGGACAAUGCAGCGUCCACACGCACUCGAAUCAUUCACGACGCACUCAACAGGAUGAUUGAAACCGGGUAUACCAAUAUCCUAAAGGGCUGGCGCAACGAGCGAUUCCCAGUCUACGGGCCCGGCGGCGACGUGAUCCUAGAGAUCGAACGGUCCGCGAGCGCACUAUUUGGCAUUGUAACGAGCGGUGUGCAGAUGCUUUGCUACGUCAAGGACGCAAAAGAUGGUAUUCGCCUCUGGAUCGCUAAGCGCUCGAUGCAGAAGCAGACCUAUCCGGGUAUGUUAGAUUGCACUGCUGCCGGGGCCCUAAGCGUGGGGGAGUCACCUCGAAGCGCCAUGAUCCUCGAAGCUACAGAGGAGGCGUCUAUUGGGCGUGAGGUUAUCGAGAGUGGCAUGAGAUACGUCGGUGCUAUCUCAUAUUUCCACAUGAAAGAGUCAUCUAUUGCGCUGGGGACAGACGGGGUCUCGACGGCUGUUCUGCUACCCGAGGUCGAAUACCUAUAUGAACUUCAGUUGGACGAAGGGGUGGUUCCCCGGCCGAAGGAUUCGGAAGUGGAAGACUUUCGACUUUGGAAUAUGGACCAGGUGCUUGACGCCUUGGGCAGGGGAGUGUUUAAACCAAAUAGUGCGGUUGUGGUUAUCGACUUUUUCAUUCGCCAUGGCGUCAUAUCACCAGAGACAGAGCCAAUGUAUGAAGAGAUUAUAAGAAGGCUGCAUCGGCGGCUACCGUUUCCUACUGCAGUCUGGUCUAUAUAA